AGUAUCUAUUUAAUUAAAUAAAACUAUUGAUAAUUUGAAAUCAACACGCUGCAGUCGAUCUUUUGCCUGCUGCAGUAACUAGUAAGUAGUAACUUCUGUUUCCGGUAGACGCCGUUUAAUCAGUGUUUAUGAAUUCAUGUCGGGUGUAGGUUAUAUUAUCAACUAUAUCUGUAUAGUAAUUAUUUAAAACCAAUACCUUAUUUUAAGGGUAUUACAAAAAUAAAAAAUGGGUGAUAUAAAAUCUUUUUUACAUCAAUGGUGUGCAAAAAAUGGCAAAGAACCACAAUUUGAUGUGAGACCAACAGGGUUGAAACAUCGGCAACGAUUCCUCUGCGAAUUGCGCAUACCUGGAUUUGAUUAUGUGGGUGCAGGGAACUCUACUAAUAAAAAAGAUGCUCAAGGCAAUGCAGCUAGGGAUUAUGUUAAUUAUUUAGUCCGUACAGGACAUGUAAAUUCUAAUGAUGUUCCACGAGAUAUGAACAAUAUACAACCACAAAAUGUAGCACCAAUGAUUAAAGUAGAAUGUGAAAGUCCUUCGACAAAGUCUGUGUUUCAAGAUGGCAUGGGUCCUAAUGAUAUAGGACAAGCCUACAGAGCAUAUAAUGAACAUGGUCAGGGCAAUUAUACUUAUAUAGAUAGAAUAGCAGAUCAGAAAAGAGUGGAAGAUGCAGAAGAUGUUGAUGUAAAUUCUGGUAUUCAUGGAAAUUGGACUAUAGAAAAUGCUAAAUCAAAACUUCAUCAAUUCAUGCAAUCUAAUAAAAUUAAUACUGAUUAUAAAUAUACCCCACUUGGUCCAGAUCAUACAAGGAGCUUUAUGGCUGAAAUGACAUUUUAUGUAAAACAACUUGGAAGAAAUAUUACUGGUCGGGAAACUGGUUCAAAUAAGCAAACUGCAUCAAAAAGUUGUGCUUUAUCCCUUGUCCGACAAUUAUAUCAUCUUGGUGUUAUUGAGGCAUUUAAUGGUACUUUGAAAAAAAAUAAAGAAGCAGAACAAAUGAAACCAUAUCCAGUUAAAAUCUCACCAGAAUUGGUAACUCAGAUACAUGAUGUUCUUUUAAGUUUAAAUAUAACACCAGUUUCAACCAUAGUAAUUCAGCAACCACCUGCACAAGAAAAUGAAGAUCAAUCUGCCAAUGCUGUUUCUUUACUAACAAAUCAGGUACUGGAUGACUUUAUUUCAUCUGUACCACAACCUGCUGGUGUGGUAAGUUGGUCUCCUCCACAACAAAAUUGGGAUCCAUGGACUGGUUGUAAUAUAGAUGAAGGACCACUGGCUACAAUGAGUUUAGAACAGUUAUCAGAAGAUUUAUUACGUGAACAACGUGAUAGAUUGCAACAGGAUGAAAACCUUCAACAGAUUAUUAAAGAAAGAUCUAGUUUGCCAGUUUUCUCAAUGAAAAAUGAGAUAAUGAGUGCUAUUAAUGAAAACCCUGUUAUUAUUAUUCGGGGAAACACCGGUUGCGGUAAAACGACUCAAGUAUGCCAAUUCAUUUUGGAUGAUUACAUUGCAUCAGGUCAAGGUGCAUUUUGUAGCGUUGCAAUUACGCAACCUAGAAGAAUAUCUGCUGUAUCCGUAGCUGAUCGGGUUGCCGCUGAAAGACGUGAAAAUUUGGGGCAGUCAAUUGGUUAUUCCGUACGAUUUGAAUCCUGUUUACCAAGACCUUACGGUAGUAUACUGUUUUGUACUGUUGGUGUACUAUUAAGAAAAUUAGAAGGUGGUUUGAGAGGUGUCUCACAUGUUAUUGUUGACGAAAUUCAUGAACGAGAUGUCAAUUCUGAUUUCAUUAUGGUUGUUCUUCGUGAUAUGAUUCACAUGUAUCCAGAUUUACGAAUUAUUUUAAUGUCAGCUACAAUUGACACAACAUUGUUCAGUAAUUACUUCAAUAAUUGCCCGGUAAUAGAAAUACCAGGCAGAUCAUAUCCUGUACAACAAUAUUUCUUAGAAGAUUGUAUACAGUUAACAAAUUUUGUACCACCUAUGGAUUCCAAGAAACGUAAAAGUCGAGAUGCAGAUGAUUUACCGGCAGACGGAGAACCAGAAGAAAACUUGAAUAAAGUCAUUGAUGCACAUUAUUCUAUUCAAACAAAAAAUGCCAUGGCACAACUUACGGAAAAAGAAAUAAGUUUUGAACUUAUAGAGGCUUUACUAAGUUAUAUCAAGGACCAAGGUAUUCCAGGUGCCAUUUUAAUUUUUUUACCUGGUUGGAAUCUAAUAUUUGCGCUAAUGAAACAUUUGCAACAACAUCCCAUUUAUGGUGGAGUGAAUUAUGUAAUUAUACCAUUACAUUCACAAUUACCUAGAGAAGAUCAACGCAAAGUUUUUGAUCCCGUAGAAACGGGAAGGACGAAGAUUAUUUUAGCAACUAAUAUUGCUGAAACGUCUAUCACAAUUAACGACGUAGUCUAUGUCAUAGAUUCUUGUAAAGCUAAAAUGAAGCUUUUUACUUCUCACAAUAAUAUGACAAACUAUGCCACAGUUUGGGCUAGUAAAACAAAUUUAGAACAAAGAAAAGGCCGAGCAGGACGUGUUAGACCAGGUUUCUGUUUUCAUCUUUGUUCUAAAGCACGUUUUAAUAAAAUGGAUGAACAUAUGACACCAGAAAUGUUCAGAACACCUUUACAUGAAUUAGCAUUAAGUAUUAAAUUAUUAAGAUUAGGUAGUAUUGGAAAAUUUUUAUCAAAAGCAAUUGAACCACCGCCAAUAGAUGCUGUAAUUGAAGCCGAGGUCAUACUACGUGAGAUGAAGUGCUUAGAUAAAAAUGAUGAGUUAACGCCACUUGGUAAAAUAUUGGCUCGUUUACCUAUAGAGCCACGUUUAGGCAAAAUGAUGAUUCUUGGUUGUAUGUUCCGAGUUGGUGAUGCACUCUCCACAAUGGCGGCAAAUAGUACAACAUUUCCAGAAGUAUACAAUAUGGGACCUGAUGUAAGACGUUUAUCCGCACAGCAGAAAUGGUUUGCUGGCGCAAGAUACAGUGAUCAUGUAGCAAUGUUACACGCUUUUCAAGCAUGGGAAGAAGCUAGAGCAGGCGGAGAAUAUGCAGAGCAAACAUUUUGUGAUUCAAAGAAUUUAAGUUUGCCUACACUAAGAGUAACGUGGGAAGCUAAGAAUCAAUUACAAGCACUUUUACAAAGUGCUGGAUUCCCACAAGAAACUCUUUGUCCUACUCCAUUAAAUUAUCAAGCUGGGGCAGAUGUUCGUCUUGAUACAAUCACUGCAUUGUUAUGCAUGGGUCUUUAUCCAAAUGUUUGUUAUCACAAAGAAAAAAGAAAAGUGCUUACUACCGAAUCUAAGGCAGCACUGAUUCAUAAGACUUCAGUGAAUUGCAGUAAUUUUGAGCAAAAUUUCCCAUUUCCAUUCUUCGUAUUCGGAGAAAAGAUUCGUACAAGGGCUGUAUCGUGUAAGCAAAUGACCAUGGUGUCUCCAAUUCAUUUAUUACUAUUUGGUUCUCGAAAAGUGGAGUUUAUUAAUGGUGUAGUAAAAUUGGAUAACUGGAUAAAUUUGGAUAUGGAUCCAGCUCACGCAGCGGCAAUAGUGGCUUUACGACCUGCUUUAGAAAGUCUCGUCGUCAAAGCUGCAAAGGAUCCCGAAACUAUUUUAGAAUUAAGUCCUAAUGAAGAAAAAGUAUUAAACGUUAUUAAGGUAUUAUGCGGAAUGAAUGCCUGCCGUUACAAUUUGGAUCAGAUUACUGGCGGUGGUUUUCAAUCACGAAGGCCUCCAAGAGGGCAUUCAUUUAACUUCCAUUCGGACGAUGGUACACCAGCAAAAAUGAUGAGAAUGAAUAGUGGUUUCCGCGGAAAUCCUCGUGGUGGAGGACCUGGUGGUAGUUAUCCAAGAAACAAUUAUGGUGGAUACAGAGGUAGCGGCAAUAGAGGAAAUGGAAUGAAUUCACGUGGACGAGGUGGCGGAAAUUGGGGCAACAGAGGAAAUUACGGCAGUCAUUAUUUUCGUUUUAUGUCAUAAGCUUUAACAAUUCCUAUGUUAAGACUAGUAAACAUUUAAUUAAUUAUUGAUGUGUAAUUAGUGUAUUUUGCACAAUUAUACACAGUGAUACACCUAACUUGACUAAAGCUGUAAACAAAGUUGUAUGUAUUAUUUAUUUAAAAAAUUUAAUCUUUUUUUUGUAAUUAAAAAGAAAAUUUAUGUUAUGUUAUCACUCAAAAUAAUGGUACAAAUAAAGCUUCAUUCACGAACUAU